AUCUGAACAGCUUGCUCCGCACUAAAUCAGUCGUGAACGCGCUCCAUCGAGUGGGUAGCAGAUUGUCACGGCCAUGGCUUCUCUGAACAAGCUCGCAAUACGCGGUAUUAGGUCUUUUGACGACAAGCAAAUAUCGGUCAUCGAGUUUUUCACUCCUGUCACCGUUAUCGUCGGCCACAAUGGCAGUGGUAAAACCACCAUCAUAGAAUGUUUGAAAUACGCAACAACGGGAGACCAACCUCCCAACACUAGAGGUGGCGCAUUCGUGCAUGACCCGAAAAUGGCGAAUGAGAAAGAAGUCAAAGCUCAAGUCAAGUUGCGGUUUCAUGCGGCAAAUGGAACGAGGAUGUUGGCUGUGAGGAAUCUGAGUGUCACUGCCAAGAAAACUGCCGGAUUGACUAUGAAAACGUUGGAGAGCAUUCUUGCACUAGCGGAUGGUAAUGCAGAGAAGGGAGGCAAGAGAGGGGUCAUAUCCACCAAAUGUGCAGAGAUGGACGCAGAGAUACCUCAGCUCCUCGGUGUUUCGAAGUCCGUCCUUGAGAAUGUGAUAUUUUGUCACCAGGAAGAUUCAUGGUGGCCGCUCGCCGAACCUGCGGCUCUCAAAAAGAAGUUUGAUGAUAUCUUCGAAGCCACGAGAUAUACUAAGGCACUCGACAAUAUUAAAAGUUUGCGAAAAGACCGUGUCGCAGAGCUCAAAGCUGAAAAAGAACGUCUUGAAGGCCUCGCUCGGGAGAAAUCGCAUGCUGAUAAACUUCUAGGAAGGAUCAACGAGCUUAGUUCUACCAUCACCACCAAAGAGAUUGAAUAUGACGAAAUCAAGAGGGAAUACGAUGGCAUUGUGGAAUCGAAUCGGAAAUUCCAAGACUACGCAUUAAAAUUUCGGGAGAUUUAUGUCAAAGUUGAGAGUCUCGAGGAUAGGAAGGCUAGGCUGAAGAGCGAUUUGGACGAGGCGAAACUCGACAUGAAGGAAGUACCAGGAUCUAGAGAAGAGCUUGAAGCACAGUUGGAAAGCUUUGAUGAGCGUAUGAAUAGACAAAAGAUGCAGAAAAAGACUUAUACAGACAAAUUGCAAGACGUUCAAGAAGACCUCAAGGCUGCCAACAAACGACAAAUGGACUUAGUCGAAGAAAAGGCGGCCCACUCCCAUGAUGCCGCUGCUCAAAGACAGCGGAUUAAAGGGCGUGUGGACAAGAUUAAAGAGAUUGCAGAAAGUCAGGGACUCAAGGGCUUCAAUCAUGAUUCACACGAUCGAGACCAAGUGUUGCGAUUCCUCUCUGAACUGGAAGCACUCCUACGAAAUCAGAAAGCUACGGUGCAGAGAAUUCAAGGUGAACGACGGACCAAGCAAGAGGAGUACAACGCCAAAUCUCGACAACUGACGGGGGAGUUUGCCACUCAGCAGUCAGCUUGUACAACCCUUCGUAACCAGAUGAAAGAUCGGAAUGCCUCAAUUGCGGAUGCUGAGCGUGAACUUGAAGGUUACCUGCAUGCACCCUCGCAGUUAACCACCUUACAGGAUGAUAUCGAGGAGAAGAACACACGUGCUGCAAAGGUCAAAGCGGACAUCAAAGCGGCGAAGUUUGACGAAAAAUCGUCUGAUAUCAACGAGAAGAAGAGGAUGGCAGAGCACAAACGUGAUGAUCUCAACGCGGAGCUGAAGACAUUGAACGCACAAGUCGAACUGCACGCCAGACUCAGCUAUAAGAAGAAGGACAUCAAAGGGAAAACAAUGGAAAUUGAGCAUGUCUUAAAUGCUACGAAUACGAAACUCCGCGACCUCGGUGCGGAAGCGGUAGAUUUACAAAUGGUCGAGCAGGGUGUGACUACUUUUAUCAAGGGAAAGGAAGAUCGACUGAGAAAAUGCGAGACCGAAGCUACGAGCACGAGUAAAACCUUGGAAAAGUUGAAAACCACUCUCUCCAGUCUCAGCAAGAAUCUAUCGGAACUCCGAAAAGAAGCUGAAGGGAUUACCCAUAGAAUCAAGGAGGAACUUGGGAACGAGUAUAGUUCUGUGGAAGAAGGGAUUACUGAUUCUGCAAAGACGGCUAACCUGUUCCGAGACAAGAUCGGGAAGAAUACAGGGAAAGUAUAUGAAGAUAUUCUUGAGUAUGGCAAGGCAAACAAAGUUUGUUUUGCUUGCAACCGCCCCAUGAAUGGGGCCGAAUACAAGGCGUUUGAGAAACAUCUGAAAAAAGAAAUUCAAGAAUUUUCUCCUGAAAACCUUCAGGACGCAAAACAACAGUUCGAGGAGUGGUCAGAGGAACUUGAGCGACUGCAGGACUUGAAACCGGCCCAGAUUCACCUAACGAAAUUAACGCAAAUCGAUAUACCUAAGUUGGAAGCGGAGGUGGCUGAAGUCAAUUCACAAAUCAAAACAGCCACAGAGAGGGACGAACAGGCCAGUGUGGCUCUCUCGACUGCGAAAGAGGAACAACGGCACCUACAGAGCUUAAGUGAUCACGUAAGGACGCUUGAACGAUUACAGAGGGAAGUCGAUCGUUUGAGAGUUGACAUUGAAAAUACCGAACGAGAAAUUUCCGAAACGGGCACAACAAAGACACCGGAUGAGGUUCAACGUGAUAUAGACGAGGUGUCCACAGAAAUCCAUGGUUAUGAAAAGGAGAGCAGGGCAAUCACCUCGGAAAAGGAGCGCGCCAGUAACCUUCAGCGCAAUCUUGACAACCAAAUUCAUGCACUGGAACUGCAUCAGCGGGAUCUUCAAACUAAGGUUAACGAAAAAGCCAAGCUCGAGCGUCAGAUUGCAGGAUGGAGAAACGACAUUAAGGAGAUGACUCAGAAUCUAAAGUUAGCUGAAGUCCAUGUUGCUGAGGCCCAAGGUCCCAUAGAUGCGCUUGACGCUGAAUAUCAGGAAGAGGAUAAAGAAUUCGCGCGUCAGCUGGUAUCUGAAGAACAAAAACUCCAAGAUAUCCGAAUCCACGCUGAUCAGCUCAAGGUGAUGAACAAAGACAUCGAGAGAUAUGUUCGAGACAGGAGGGAUGAGCGUAUGCAAGAGUGUAGCGAGAAACUCGAACAACAGGAGACUCGAAUCAAAGAGCUGACUGAACGCGAAAAACAAGGUCGGAAAGAUAUCGAAGUUUUAGAGAAAGAGCUGAGCGAGAGUAAUCUAUUCCAAAAAAACCUUCGGGAUAACGUACGAGCCAGGAAACUCGCGCAGCAAAUUGAAGAGACUCAGGCCGGAAUCGACAAAUACGACAUGGAGGAGGCGGCCAAGGCACGCCGCACGUUCGAACAACAGUGGCCUAUCUACAAACAGAAGGAGGACGAUUUACAUCAACGGUAUUCUCAUAUUGCUGGUGAAAUCAGUUCGAAAAAGAGUCAACUUGACACAUGGGAGGGCGAUCUGAAAAAGGACUUCAAAGACAUCAACAAACGCUACACCGACCAGUUAAUCAGGACAAAGAUGUCCGAUAUGGCGAACAAUGACUUGGAUAAGUAUGCAAAGGCGCUCGAUAAUGCUAUCAUGAAGUAUCACGGACUGAAAAUGGAAGAAGUCAACGACACCAUGCGACACCUUUGGAAUAAGACAUAUCAAGGAACAGACAUCGACGGGAUAAAGAUUCGCUCGGAUGUCGAAGGCGGCGCAUCAAAGCGUUCCUAUAAUUACCGGGUGGUCAUGACAAAAGAUCAGGUCGAAAUGGACAUGCGAGGUCGGUGCUCGGCGGGCCAGAAAAUGCUUGCUUCCAUCAUCAUCCGCCUCGCUCUGUCGGACUCUUUUGGUCAGAAUUGCGGCAUAUUGGCACUCGAUGAACCCACGAACGCUCUGGAUACAGAGAAUAUUGAUGCUCUUGCGUCGAGCCUUGUGGACAUCAUAAACGAAAGAAAAAACCAUGCUAAUUUUCAGUUGAUAAUUAUCACGCAUGACGAAAACUUUCUCCGCAAACUGGGCCAGAGUGAUGUGAUGGAAUAUUAUUGGAGAGUUUCUCGGGACGCGAGACAGAAAUCAGUGAUAGAAAGACAAAGGUUCCGUUAGCGUAACACAUUGUCCUGACAAGGCAGGAGGAUGGAAAAUGUUCUAAUGCCCACCCACAACAUGACCCACUCGCAUGGACAAUGAGUAUGUACUUUUCCCCCCUUCACAGUACGGCGUGAGCAGCAUCUAAAGUGGGGCACUAUGCUGUCUUGGUAUCUAAUACACAUGAGGGAAGAUCGACAUUUGUGGUUAAACUGCCACAGGAUUAGUGACG